AUGGCGAAUUUACAAAAUAGUAGCAGCUUGGAAUCUUCCAUGUCUGGAUCCUUUAUUGUCUCAUCGACUGCCUCCGUAGCAACCGAAACUUAUCAAAGAGCAGCCAAAUUAUUUCUCACUAAGAGCUUUGUUGAUUCACUUAAUACAUUAGAGCCUUUACUUGCUGAUGCCAAAGAAUUGAGAAGAACUGGUCAAUUAUCCGAAAAAACUUGGAUCAAAAGCUGGAAGUUAUACUUUGUCUUACUAGAUGCUGCUGCUAGACAACAGGAAGAGGCUUCGACUAGAUCACCGUCGUCUUCUUCAUCAUCCUCAUCAUCUUCGAUAUCAGGCACAAACUCUGUUUCAAGUUCAUGGCCAAAAAAAGUUCGUUUAGAAUUAGUAAAGAAAAUUACUGAUGGAUCAUUAUGGAAGCAGGUUGAAAAUGAAUUUGGUGGUUCCUUGUCUUCAGCCCCCCCUGAUAUUGUUUUUGGAUUAACGUCUCUAACCAUACGGCAUGGAACCACUAAUAACUCAAUUUUAAGCAUGGUAUCAGAGUCAUUAGAAUUAUACCUUUCAUCUAUGUCGGAUUUGGUUCAAUCAUUUGACGAUACAUAUCGUCACGAAUAUCUGAAGGUGCUGGAUCUAUACAUUUUAAAGGUACUUCCCCUCCGUAAUGAGUACGAUCUAGCCAGGGAAAUGAUAGAGUCUAGCCAGUUUUAUGAUUCCCACGUCAAAGAGGAAAAGAGAAGGCAGCUUAUCAAGUCAGAAGAGAAUUUGGUAAAGAAGAAGCAGAAAAAGGAAGAGGAGGAUUCCAAGAGAAAACAAAUGGAGGCCCUUCGAGAAGAAGCUAAGAGGAAGCAUGAACGACUAGUACAACAACAACGCCAGCAACAGAAACAAUUACAACAGCAACAGCAGCAGCAGCAGCAACUGGAACAGAAAACCUCUCUAGAGCAUCAACAGUCAUCAGUGAAUUCUCUUUCGUCGUCUGGGUUGGGUCCUCGGAGAACAGCAUCUCCGACUCCACCACGGUCAUCGAAUCCUGUGAGAAGUUUUGAUUCGCUUAUUUUCUAUUGGAGGCGACGAGCCACUGCCAUUGUUCAGUCUGCCAUGGUUUGGAAGAUAAUUGCAUUCUUUAUUAUAAUUGUUCUCUCAGUAUCUAAUCCAUUAGCACGGGAACGGGCGAGAAGGAUAGUUAAUAAUGUUUGGAGAAAACUUAGUGAGACUGCACGCAUGGGUUUUAAGGUCAGCUUCGUGUGA